GCUACAAAAGCAGAUGUUUCCCACAAACUAUCACAUGAAACUUGGCUAAGACAGAAACAACAGAUUUAUUCCAUCACUGCGGCUGUGCUACCAACAGUGUACGAUAAGCUGACUGUUUUCUUUAAACACACCGUAAUUUGGAUUUCCCCAUAGACCGAUAUCAACAUAAUGCCGUUGAAUGGAGGUGGACCGAAAUUUGUCAUUUGUGCCAAGUGUGGACGAUCGCUUCACUGAACCGUUGGAAAAUAGCACUUUUCUGGAGUAGUCUGGGAUAUUUCAGAAACACUUGUAGUUUUCUUCUCUUGUCUUGGCUGUAGUUGCGUAACAUUCUCGAAAAAAUAUCUGCUUAUACUGUGAGUAGGCGAAUUUCCACCUCGCCCAGCCGGCCAGCUUUUAAAUACAACAUCCGGCCUGUCGAAAACUUUACUGCUGUUGUGUCUUAAUUCACGCAAGAAAAAUUUCUUUUGUCUGGUGUUGACACUUUAAGCGACACUGGGUAAACUACUGGUACUCACCACUUUAUGGCCCGUGUAAACAAGGAGAGCUCCUUCGGAAAAACUUGAGUUCAUUGAUCUACAAUUUAUUGCGUGGGAAUCGAAGUGGAGGAAAGUACAGUAAGCUCAAGACCACUCUUGUCCGUAACAAGUAUAAAGGAACGUGAUUGCACCCAGGCUUCAAUUUGCAAGAAAAAGUUCAAAUUUGGGCAUCUCAAGGAAGUGGUUGUGAACACUGUUUUGGUGCUUGAGAGAACUGAAUCGUAUAUACUUGGUUCAUCUGUUGCAAGGCUACGCAACACGCUCAUGUUGCCGAAAGCUCAAUAUCACAACUUUUGUACAACUGUUUUACUGUGUAGUUACGUUCAUGUUUUUGGUGGAUAAAUAUUGUUGGAAUGACAGAUAGUCAGGCAUGUUGCACUGUGCAACCAAUUCCAUCAUCCCCCAAUUCAAAUCCAUUUAAAUAUUGUCAAGUUAACACACAUCUAAUGCCAGAAAACAACAAUCCAAAUCAAGAAAAUCACCUCCUUGUGAAUGGAGAAACCUGCCAUAUGGAUACAAACUGUGAAAUGAUGGAAAGUGAAAUGCAGCGUGGAUCAAGACAUUUAAGGAAAAAUUUAAGGCUUAAUCUUGCUGAGACACAUACUGACAAUAGUCUUCCACCACCAAAGAGUUCCUGGCUUUUACGACUCUUCGAAUCCAAGCUCUUUGAUAUGUCCAUUGCAAUUGCAUAUUUAUUUCAUUCUAAGGAACCUGGGGUACUGACUUAUCUUGGAAACAAACUCUUUGUAAGUAUGAUUUUAUCUUGGGUUUCGCAAUACCCAUUUGGGUGGUUUUUGGACCUCUCGAGUGUGAUUGUCUUGCCUGGUGUUACAAAACACCUUAGACCCAUCUUAGUUUUGUGCCAAAUAUUCCUUCAUCCUAUAUUCACAUGGCUUGAAAAUUAGCCCUCCAUUCCACUCCCCCUCUAUCUCUAACUCUUUUUACUGGUUGAUCCAGUUCUUUCUGGUUAAGGCAGUGAGGAUGUGCUGAUUAAAUUCACAAUAUUCAGGUCAUCCAAUUUUGGGUAGCAGCUAUAAAAAUAACCUCUGGCAAACAGGGUUGUCACUAAGAUUUCAAGUUGCCGGGUAAAUACAACAAGUAGGCGGGGAAUCCAACAGCUAGGGAUUUCUUUUGGUUCUAUUUUUCCUCUAUUUUCCAAUAAAAGUAGCCGGGGGCCACUCUCUUAGUAGCCGGGGAAAAUCCCCGGCCCCCGGCUCUUAAUGACAACCCUGGGCAAAACUCCUGUAUUUCUUUGUUUUGGGGUGUGGUACUCUAUUAUAAUGGGUUUGAUAUGAUUUACACCAAGGAUAAAAUUGAAACUCAACAUACACUAGCCACAAGUUAUUAAUGAGUUACAGCUUUAGCUGAUUUAUGUAAGGUUAAAGGGCUAAGAAUUUUGUUUUGAAUAAACCUUUAUCACGCAGCAGCCAUUUUGUCUCAGGAGCUUUAUAAAGCUUUGUUUAUGCACAGCUAGCCUCGUAGAGAGAACAAGGCUAGCCGUGCAUAAACAAAGCUUUUUAAAUCUCCUGAGACAAAAUGGCCACUGCAUGACAAAGGUCUGUUGUUUUUAUCUUUGAUAGAGUUUUGACGAUGAAGAUGUCAACUUCUAUAUACCACAACUAAUGUAAGUGUUCUUGUGUUAGUUAGCAUUACUGAUGAUUGGGCUGGUGGAUUUGAUGAAUAAGCCCCCCUUUUCCUCCCCAGAUAAGAUUUUAGGUUGCAUUUUGUUUUUUUGUUUUUUUGCGAAAUUGUUGUUUCCACAGCUGUGAUAAUAGACCUUUCCAUCACUAUGAACAAAGGCACCAACCCAAGGCUUGGGUGGACAAAAUACCUUUUUUACAGUGACGCACAUGAAAUUGUCUACCUGAACCUCAACCUCAUUUCUUUGUGUUUGCUCAUUAGAGUGGAAUGCGGGAAAGGUGUACAAGGUUGUACAUGGACAAGGCUGUGCUCUAGCAGAGCCUCCUGGCUCCUGGUGCCCAACUUUUGCUCUCGGGCAACAAGAAAAUCUUCUUUUUUUUUUUCAAACAAAUCACAUGCUGGGUAACUUAGAUUUUACAGGUUUAGAGCACUGGGCUCCCUUCAAUUUCCUUGGAGAACUGUCUUGGUGGAUAUUUUUCAGACUGGGUACAUAAGAUGCACAGUAUUUUCUAUCUCUAAGUUGUUCUUGGAGACCUAGAGGCAGCCAUCAUGGGCAAAAGCAUUCCCCAGUUUUGAAUACCCAAAAAAUUCCUACUUAAAUCAAGCUACCCAAAACAAUACUUGCCAAAAUUUUCCUACCCCAAAAAAUCCAGAAAUCGAAAAUUUCAAACCCAAGAAAAUCCUUCCAUCAACCCUGUCACUUGAAAUCCAGAGUCACCCCGCUGGGUAACCAUUACUCCUACAAAAAUGGUCGUUAUCAUAACUGUUUAUCUACUGUAGUUAAUUUUAAACUAAUGAACACUGCUAUCGAUUUUGCCAUUUUUCAGUAACAUGUACAUCCAUAUUGAUGAAGUGUCAGAGGCUCUUCAUAGAUACUUGGUGGAGAAGUGCAAGAAGAACUUUUCAUUUGCUCUACAGGUAUGUAUGGCCACAUCAUAUUUUCAGCAUAUGUGUGUACUGCUGCUAAACCGUUUCACAUCAGUUUUUUUCCUGGUGAGCCUUCAAUGUACAAGCACAAUAUUCCUUACAGAGAGGAAAAUCCAUUGUUUUGAGGGAUGUAAGACCAUGUACUUUUGGUUGGUUCAUGAACUCCCUUACUGAGCCAAAAACUAUAUGUGGAAGCCCUUCCUUGUCAUUCACAGAUUGAUGGUGAAUGUUUAGGUUUCUUGCCAGGAAACAGCUCUGCAAAACUCUUUUCCUUUUUUCCUGGACGAUAAAAGAAUAAUAAACCAGUGAUAGUUUACAAGAGUGAACAAGGAAUGCAUUAAUGCUAAGAUGUUUGCCUCAUCAGUCAAAGAUUAUUUUGUUUUAAUUUAUGGUUGAAUUUUUAUGAAUGAGUGAGUUGAAUGAAUGAAUAAAGAGUCGUGGAUGAGAGGACAACAGAUGUACACUUUUACAGUAUAUUUUAACAUGUGAACAGUAAGCUGUGACGUCAGCAUACAAAGGCACCACUCACAGCCGCUCUCAGUCCAUUUAUGAGCUUACUGUACCCACCCAACCCAUGAUGUGAAUGAUGUGAUGAGUGUAGGUUGACCACAACACCGGGGCGUAUGUUCCCAACUCUUUUGAAAAAGUGGUGUGGGUUCUUUUACGUCCCACAAGAACCAGAUAAGUGUAAGUGCUGUGAGAUGGGACCUACGGUUUUUCGUCCUUAUCCGAAAAGACUAGAAAGUCUAACCAUUUGCAGAUGUCAUUACAAAGGCAGCACCUUCUUCUCAGUUAUUUAAAGACCCUGAGUGUUGGUCUAGCCAGGGUUCAAACCCGUGAUCUCCUGCUGAGCAUACCGGCACUCUUCCAACUGAGCCAGGAAACAGCUCUGCAAACCUCUUUUCAUUUUUUCCUGGACGAUAAAAGAAUAAUAAACCAGUGAUAGUUUACAAGAGUAAUUAAGUUGCUAUUCCUUAAAUUUAAGGGCAAAUUAAACCUUUCUGUGCUCUUUUAUAUUUUUCCACCAUAAUAAUAACAAAUUAUUGCUAGAUCUGUCAUGCUCAAAACAAGUUCCAUUAUAGUAGCUCUUAAUACCAGUAAUAUCUUUCAGUUCCAGUGCUUAAUUCUGCUUUGAAACAUGUAGUUCUAACGUUUUAUCAGUAUCAAAAUAACAUGUGGUUGGGACACUUGUGCAGUCAUCUUUCAGCACUUUCUUAACCUAUUUACACCUGGAAAUUUUGCCAAAAAACCCCUUGAAGCUAGUCAAGCUGUUUUCUGGUCACUAUCCGGCCAAAACAAACCAAACUGCCCAAAAGGUUGUUAUUGGAAUUUGCAGGUCAACUUUUCUCUGUUUUGGUAUUUUUUGUUUUUUGCAUUUUUCUCCAGCCUGAUUGACUGAAUCAUACUCAUUCAGGCAUGAUGGAUCCCCAUGGGGUGGUGAUAGGCAGUUCAGGGUAAAUGGGUUUAAUGAGUAAUGCAAAAAAUUAAUGUAAUAAAGGAGAAGCGCUAGUAAGUUAGUGGAAUCUUGACCAGCACAUCAUCCAAGGCUGUACAAUUUCACUACAGGCUUCAUGGUUGUUAGAAGCAUACUGUGCAGAUGGAUGGCUUCCUUCAAAAGAGCAUGCCAGAGGAAUAAAGCUCCUGCAGUUGAUUUUGGAAGAAUGCAGGCCAAGGUAUUAUUACUGUAUGCAAUGGUGGUGACCUUGGAGUUAAUCCUCUAAGCCCCAAUAUCCACAUACAAAUUCUCCAAACUGAUCUCCAUACAUUUCCUGGAGGAAUUAGUUGGGAGAAUUUGAUAAAAGAUUAGAGCAUUUUCUCUUUAGUGAUCAAUCAUUCUGUAAAUAAAAUUCUUAUAACCAGUUCUCUUGAUGAUAUAAUUUUUGGAAUAAUGUUAGAUAAUGUUGUUCACUCUUGGGACUCAAAAAUGCAAAAAAUGCAGAUACUGCUGAGGGUAAAUAACAGGAUUGUUAUUAUUAUUAUUACUCAAAGGGUUGAUUAAUCUUGAAAUCACUGCAGGGUUUAAUCUAGAAUGCAGCAUUGCUUGAUUUCUGUGAUUUGUAACACAAUGCCACACAAAGUUCGAGUAAGCACAGCAAUUGAGGGGUGUAACUAACUUGAAAUUUAUAAGAAUUUUGAUUAUGUAAAUCACCGCAAAUACCAUCAGUUUUGUAAACUUAAGUGAGAAACAAGGAUGUGUGAUUAUGUUUCUCAAGGUUGAAAAGAAUGAUUGUUAUUGAAAAGUUUGAAAAUUUUUUACUAGUUACUUGUGAUGAAAGUGGCAAAACUAUAAUAUUCUUAGCUUCAAAGAAACUUACCACAGGACUUUUGAAUAUGCAAAACAGAAAUCUUGCAUUCUUGGUGCUGCCAUAGAAUUUUCCUAAAUUAAUAUAUUAACUUUUAACAGGUCUCCUUUAAGUCCUUCUGGAGUUGCUGGAUCACAUUCUUCACCUUCACCUGCAUCUUCAGCUGGGUCAGGUACAACACUUACUGCCCCUACAAAGAAAACCCACCAGCGAUCCAAGUCAGAUGCCACUGCAGCUAUUACAGCUUCUAGCCGUCUAAUGCAAGUAUGUAACACAGAAAUAGUAUACCAUAAUCUCUCUGUAUAUGACCCUGAUUGGAGCAUAUUUUUGCAGCAUGUUUUAAACCUUUCGUUCCUAAUAGCUUGAGCAAGAUUCACAAAAAUUCUUAAGAGUUUACAAUUGAAUGGUAGCAUAGGAUUUAAAGUAUUGAGCUUAAACAACAAUGACGGCAGCAGCGGUGUAAAUGCCACUUGCUAAACAAAUUAAUUUGCAUCCUGGGCGACUUUACCAGGAUUUGAAUUCUUAAAGACUUAAUUAUCCAGGUUCAAAAAGAGAAAGGAAAAUUUGUUGUCGUAUGUUCACGUCUCAUCGUCCCAUUAGGAGGUUUCAUGUCGUAGUCGUGCUAUGGACAUUAAAGGAAUCUACUAAAAAGCGUUAUGCACAUGCAGAGCUGUUGUUUUGCUCAUAAAAUCAAUAAUUGUUUCUUACGUUGUCAUUGUCUUCGUCAUCAUGGUUGCUUAAGCUCCCUAGUGACAAAUUACCUUACUCUAGGGGUAGAAGGGCUAAGUGGGGGGCUUAUGGAUCAGUGGAUCAGCUUAUUUAAAAGUGGAUUGGAAACACUAAGUCUUAUUAGUUCAUUGUUUCAUUAGCAGUAUUGCUUACUUCCUGUAUGCAUCCAUCAGCAAAGGUUCUUGUUAUAAGAGGUACAUUAUUUUAAACAAAAUGGAAUAGUGUAAAAAUUUUCUUUACACUCAAAGAUUUGUAAAAACAUAGGUUUUUACCUGCUCUAACACCUUGUGAACGUAGAAAUUUAAAAGGAUCAAUAAUUCCCAGUUCAAGAAUAGGGCAUGCAUAGUUUGAUUAAUCUCAUCAGUUUUAUUACUUUUCUAUUUCAGUCAAAUGAGUGUGAGUCCCCUGGAAAUGGUGACCUGAGGUAUGGCCAUGCCUUUGACAGUCGCUGUUCUAAGCAUUCCCCUGUGGUGUCUCCAAAUGCCUCCAGUCCUGCACUGACUGAGUUAGCACGAACUCCAGACUGUAGCUGCCAGGUAUAUACUAUAAUAUAAUUACAUUUUUUUGUAGGUUUAAUUUAUUGAAAGGCUUGUUAUGAAUUAUGUAUUGUACAAGUUUAUCAGUACAUAAGGCCCAGUUCAAACGUUGCAUUUUACAUAUGCAGAAUCUAAUGCGAAUGAGCAAGAAAAAUAGAUUUUCCUCAUUAGCAUUUAAUUUGGCACUUGUGGAUCAGGGAAUGCACAUUUGAGCCAGGCCUAAGAAAGCUUGAAAGAAAAAGACUUAUUGUCAAUAGAGCAUAGAAGAACAUAGAACAGCAAAUUAGAAUUUUUGAAAGCAGGAGAGAGAGUCUAUUAUAGCAAAGCUGAAGCCAGUUGUGGAAAUUGCUCACAAUUUAGGUAUCCUGCUGAUGAACAGUUACUGCAUUUAGACAUUGAUGAUGGCAGAGCAGCAGCUGUUAAUGGUCUCUAGCUUAACCCUUUAAGCCCCAAUAUCCACAUACAAAUUCUCCAAACUGAUCUCUACACAUUUCCUUUCAGAAUGAGUAAAGAGAAUCUGAUAAAAGAUCAAAGCGUUUUCCCUUUGGUGAUCAUUAUAUUUAUUCUCAUAACCUAAUCUCUUUACAAUGUAUGGAUAUCGUUAGGAGAAAAUUGAUUUUGGCCACUAUUGGGACUUUAAGGGUUAACUUGAGACUACAUGUAGCUCACACUUACAAGUGAGUUAGUGGGAGCAGAUGCUUUUUACAAGCCCUUGUAAGAACAGGCUAUCAGUAUGGUCUGUAGUAGUGUUAAAGAGUCGGAGUUUGAAAAACUCAUGGGUCCUUUGCCACGCAGUGCUGGUGCCCUUUUGUUGUCUAUUCUUUUGGAGUUACUUAUCAACAUGCUUUGCAACAAUCAUAGUGUGAUAACAUUUUUUUCUUCUUGUCUUUACUUAGACUCCAAAGCUUGUAGCUCAGAGAGAGUUCAUAAGUGCAUUGAUAGCUAUUGGAAAGAGGCUUACUUCCCAGCCAACAAAACACCUCAAGAGUAAGUAUUUGCCUUCUUAUGGUCCAGGCGUGCACCCAAAAUGCAAUAUCUCAAAAUGCAUCCCUCUUUAGGUGGUUAUUUUUGCGCAAAAGUAAUUUUGAAGCUAUGGUCCUAGUCAUUAAAGGAGCCAAAUGUCUUUCCAUUGUUAUUCCUUCUUCUAGUAUUAUAAAUAUUGUGAACAACGAAUUCACAUUAUUUUAACCUCACACAAGGCUACAUACUAUAUGCUUAAGUAUAAAUUUGGGGUAACAGCUUUGGGCUUUGGGCAACUAAGUUACUCGCUUUGUUACCAUGCAAACCAAUUUGAACAAAAUAAAUAUUUCAGAUUGACCACCAAAGCCAUAAAUUGUGUGGGAUAGAUAUUUUCAUGGUCUGAGCACAAAAAGUCCAUAAUGAUGUCGUUCCAUUACCCAGAUCUCGGUAGUGCUUCUGAUUGGUUGUGCCACGAGGGAAAUUUACCUUAACCAAUCAGUAGCACUACCCAGAUCUGGGUGGUGGCAGGUCAUCAGUACAGAAUUUCUGCCGUCAUUUCGCAGACAUCAUUUCAUGGGGAAACCAGUGGUGUCAUUGUAAAAUGUUGGCUGUUUUCUCAGGCUAAACUCCUUGAAGUAAUGUCUCACUGAUUUUAAAACCAAGGGUGCCGUCUAGAAAAGUCUCUUAAUGGUUCCCUACAGGCCUGCAGUAGCAUAAUUCUCAAGUGGUGCCUGACUCUCACUGAUGAGGAAAUGGAAAUAUUUUAGGUCAAUUGUCCAUUCCUUAUGAGUGAAAAAAUAUUAAGCAAAUAUCUGUAUCCAUAGCACUACUAAUAUGAUUAGCAUCUGUUUGCAUACUGUUAAUCCCUUGUAUCAUUUUCAGCUUCCAGGCUGUAUGCUGAAUUAUCUCUGUUGAAUCUGAACUUGCCAGCCAAAGUCAGCUUACCAGUGCAUCACGGAAUUGGAGGUCAUUAUGUGGUGAGGAUACCACACACUGCUGCUGUGGUUCUCAACUCAAAAGAUAAGGUAAGUUCACCAACAAGUACAGAGUAGCUUGCCACAUUGAACACAAUUAAGAUGUAAACAAGAAAUGAAUAAUGGGCUUACUUUCUCUGUGCAAGUGGGAGAAUAAAACAAAAAUUUAAUUGUUCAUAAAAUCAGUUAGCCUCUGUUCACCCUUUAAGCCCAAAAUGUCCAAAUACAAAAUUCUCGGGAAGGAUCUCCUUAUAUUUCCUUGAAGAAUUAAUUGAGGCAAUUUGGUAAAACAUCAAGGUAUUUUCCCUUUGGUGAUCAAUUUAUUAAUUCUCAUAACCUUUCUUUUGAUGAUGUAUUGGUACUGUAAGGAGCAAAUAUUGAUGUUGGUCACUCUUUUGACUUACUGUACUUUUCAAGAACAUGUGAACACUGAAGUUCAAAAACCAACUAACCUUUGCCUUCUUUGCUGCUGUCAAUCAUCUAUGGUUGCCUCUUAGGAACAGAAAGUUACUUCAACGAGAUCAAAAGGUCAUAGUUUGUGAUUUCUGAUUGGUGGAUUUCAAUCCUUUUUGUGAGUUUCUGUGUUUCAAGGUUCAUUGCUUGUGACAGUAAUAAGAUUGAUGGCAGUGAAAAAUGAUUGAUGGCAGUAAAAAAUGUUGCGACAGCAGCAACAACUUGUAACGACUGGCAGGAGGGAUUAUGACCAAGGAGUUAGCCUGCUGGCAGGCUCACUUGUGUCAUUUUGGGGAAAAUUUUGACGGUGCAAGCAGGUGAAGCUGGUGAAAAGAAUACGGCAAGGACAAAGAGAAGAAUAUGGUGAAUAUUUUCUCACCCUAUCCUUCUUGCCAGCUCUGCCUCCAAAUUUUCUCUGAAGUCUAGACUGCUUGCAAGCUACCAAGGAGUCAACUCUGGACUCGCAAGUCUGAUAAGUGCCCUCCUCUCUUAUUGACCAGCUAAUAAACCAGUUAACCAGUCAACUAAGGUGCAAACUUUUUGCUGCAUUGCAGGCUCCUUACAUGAUAUACGUCGAAGUGUUGUGCAUGACAGGAAAUGGUGAUGAUCCUUUUCCAUCUAAGCAGUUUCAACCCACUUUACGACAAACAAGGUCAGAAGAGUUCAUGGUGUUUAACAAAAGAAGUCAUUCUCUUAAUUUUUUUGCCAGUCGUUGUCAUUGACAAAAAGCAGCAACUUUAUAUAAUCAGGAAAAUGAUACAUAUAGCCAUUAGAGCAACAUAUUACAUCUUUUGUUGUAGAAAUAGGAAUUGGGAUAGCCAAGACUUAAUGCAAUUUUCAUUUGUUUUCUUCUCUUUUUUUUUUUUUUGCUUUUGUCUUGUUUUGUUUUUGUUUUUGUUUGUGUUUUUUUUUUAACAAUCCAAUCUCAAGCAGCAUUUGUAAAUUGCCUGUACGUAGCGAGAUUUACAAUUGUACAUUCAAAAACACAAAAUAAUAUAGUUUCCAUUAUUAUUAUUAUUUCAAUUUCAUUAGGUCUGAGGAGCAUUUACCAACCUACUGCCGCACAGAAGGGGUUCAGUUUACAGUAAGUGGUUCUAUCAAUGAGAAAACAAUUCUUGAGUCACCAACCUGUCAAUACAGUCAUCUCUCCUUGCUCCUUGCUGAUAAGAACAUUUUGUCUCCCCUGCAAAAUGUUCUUAGCAGUAAGGAGAGAUGCCCAGAUGGCUGUAUUUGCAGGCUAUCAAGUCACCAGCAGAGGUUAAAAAAUUCACAAAAGCUUUGAAACCCACCCAGGUUCCUUCUUCAAUAAAAAUGGAAUGAAUGUGCUCAGAAAGUUGUGCUCUAACAAGUGAGGAAACAAAGUAACUUAAGUUAAUUAACAAGGUGACUUGUAUCUUGCACUAAUAGGUAAUAUUGACUUGAGGUUUUUCGAUGUUAGAUUUCACCACCUGGGGACUCAGAUGAUGAAUGUUGGUCGACUGUGAUUGAAGACAAGACAAAACAGGAUGUAGUUGAUGUGAGUAAAAAAAGAAUCAGUGAGAACUUUCAAUAAUGAAUAUCGAGAGGGAAAGUCUUCAUGCAGUAUCACAACAGUUGUUAUUUAUUGUUGCAUUAACCAGUAACCAAAGCAAAGGUUGCAGUUGAUGCCGUGGUCUUUGGAUCAUCCCAUGUUAUAACCACAAUAACUAAAUGGUUUGCAUUUUGGAACAUUUUUGUACAGUCUCAUGAACAAACAACAGUUAAAUUUCUUCUUCUCAAAGAAAAGAACUAAAGAGCUUCUCUAUUAAUUCAGGCCUGGAAGAAUUAAUGCAGAUUAAACAAUAUCGAAGGUGCAAGUGCAGUUUCAUCUAUCCUUCCAAUCCCUUUAUAGUGGACAAGGCAGAAAAAGUCAAAAAAAUUUCUCAUAGUUUUAGUAAAAUCCCGAGAAAUUAUUAAUACGACUCAAAAGUUUUGCCAAUGAUAGUUCAUUUAGAAAGGUAACACCAAAGGAUUUCAUUCACACAUGCAGAAGGUAGAAUGACAGUACUGUAUCUCACCAUAAUGACUUAUCUCUGUGUCGUUUCUUUGACCAUCUCUGUGUCGUAUAUUUGUUGUCCAGGGUCCAUUUGUUGCAGCUGGGGAUAUUCGACGGAGGCUUUCUGAGUCCCUUAGUGCACCACAGGCCUUGUUUAAAAGGGACCCAGAGGAUCCUUCAGGUACAGUGCAAGAUUAUGAUCUGUCAGGUUCAAAACAACUGUCGUAUGUAUUCUUCGGGUAUUCAAAUCAUACUCUUGAAAAUUACAAUAGUGUUUCUAUCACACCAUACAGUGCCGUGUUGUUAUGACAGUGUUGCUCUGACUAACUGUUAUAACAAAGAUAACAACAACAAAAUGUUUUGAGAAAAAGGAAGAAUUAGAAAUUCAAUUGUUUCCUCGGUUAGCUAGGACUGACCUUUCAGAAAAUAGGCGUUAUGUAUAGGUAUCUCAUAUUAUAGUAGGUCCUUUGAAUACCUUCUAUUAUAAUGAAAGAUUGGGGCCUAACUUUGUUGAGAGAGAGGUAUUCUCGAAUCGUUAAAUUGUAAGCAACUAAUAGCAUUAAAAAACUUCCCUCUUGUUUCAAAACAAUGGCGCAAAUGAUACUUUUGGGUUCUUUUGGUUUGUAAUAUUUGUUUUGGAAGAAGAUGAGAAUGGUAGGGAGUGGAGGGUUUGUCAAAAUACAGCUGGUGAGUACAUGCAUGUCAUACUCAUGAAGUGUCCUUGAUCUCUGUUAUUGUUUUGUAACAGCUGCUGUUCUCAAGGAACCAUGGGAAGAGAAGGAGGCAAGGAUAAGAGAAGCCUCACCUUAUGGUCACGUGUCCAACUGGAAUAUCCUUUCAAUAAAACCAUGUACUGUAGUUCGAGAGCGCCCAGUUUGAUUUCUCAAAUUCUCUGAUUUUCUCGCAAUGUCACAAUAUUAGUGAAAGCAGUUUAACCGGCACUUUCACUCCUCGACCACGUUGUGGACGGAUUAUUUGCCACACUUCCUUUUGACUCUGUGGAGGAAAUCUGUUGUGUUACCAUUCAUACGAAACCUCCCUAGCAGAACUUUUUCAUGGUGGUAGUUAUUUACCCUGCGAACAGAGUCUCCUUCGAUCUUCCUAGAUAAGUCUAGGAAAGAUCGAAGCGACUCUGCUAGCAGGGUACUAGUUAUUUAGCUUGUAAUGUUUUGAGUCUGCGGUGUUAUCAGUCAAAUGAAACCUCUCUUCAGCAGUGUUUUCAUUUGGUGCUAUAGUUUGUAUUUCUAAAUUUUAAGUCUGUGCACGAAAUGCUGCGGUGUAACCAUUCAAAUGAAACCUGUUUUGCAGAACUUCUGCAUAGUGCUCUUUAUUUCUUAGAUUUUACCAAAUGAAAUUCGAUUUUUUUUGUGCAUCCUUUUGCAUGUUGGACACUAUUAGGAGAGUGAGAGUUAAAGUCACACUUGAUUUAGUCACUCAACCAAUGAACUCGGGCGCUUUGUUUCCCCCAGUGUUUGUAUACUGUAGAGUAUAUAUUUCCUUGACAUUGCGUUUACGACUCUUACCGAUGAUUGUCAAGUGCGGAGAUGACCUUCGUCAAGAACAGCUCGCUUACCAACUACUACUGCAAUUUCAGGUUCGUUUUGCAGUGUACUUCUUUUGAAUUCUUGUCGAUGGUGCUGUUUGAAUUUUUCACUUGGUUUCAUUUGUCUGCCGCAAUGGUAACGUACCAGUAACUCGAUCUUUCCUUUAUUUUCUUGUUUAUUUUCGUAGAAAAUUAAACUGAAUUCAAGUCAAAUGUAAAAACGCGCUCAACAACGUCAGCACAAAUAUAACCAUUCUCUAUUUUUUUUUUCCGUAACUAAAUGCUUGCCAUGUUAUUCUUUAUAUUUCAGGCAAUUUGGAACCAAGAGCGGGUACCACUGCGGCUUAGGCCGUAAGUAGACCUCUUAAAACAAACUUGCAAAUGAGUUUAUACAACAUUUAACUCACCCUGAUACAGGGGACGAGCUUGCGAGUAAUAAUGUCUCCCCAUUGCCUUUUGUUUUUGGUAGAUAUGCUGUUGUGGUGACCUCAAAUGACAGUGGACUCAUCGAACCUGUAGUGAAUGCUGUCUCGCUUCACCAGAUCAAGAAGAACAGUCAAAUGUCUCUUAUGAAUUACUUCAUCAAGGUAAUCUUUCCAGUGGAACAACGCUGCGAAAAAGUGUUAGGGUUUGGCGGAUGUCUUAUCGCUUUCUACCCUUGGGUAGACAGCAAAACAGUCCGUAUUUUUGCGUAUCCAGGUACGCGCGAACAGUCAAACAAAAGGUCUGGAACGAGGCUAAAAAAAGAGAGCGAGACUGGGGAGGGACGCUAAAAAUACGUUUUUUUUUUCUCGCCUUACACGCCCUACGGGCGUGCGAGGCUCGCAGUCCGUAUUUUUGCGUAUCCAGGUACGCGCGAACAGUCAAACAAAAGGUCUGGAACGAGGCUAAAAAAAGAGAGCGAGACUGGGGAGGGACGCUAAAAAUACGUUUUUUUUUUCUCGCCUUACACGCCCUACGGGCGUGCGAGGCUCGCGCGCUUCGCGCGCGUAGGACUCUUACACCACGCUUUACCGAUUUUGAGAAAAAAAACCGACUGUUUGCAGUCGAACCCUUGGGACGCAGUGAGAGAGGUGCUAAGCAUGUCUGCCUCUGAACAAUGGGUCUUUUCACAUAGCCUCUUUAAAGUGUUCUCUUUUACUGUUUUAUUUUUAUUAAUAUUAUUACUACCAUUCAUAGGAACACGGAAAUGUCAACUCAGAGGAGUUUCUGAAUGCUCAGCGUAAUUUUGUUCAGAGUUGUGCAGCAUAUUGUCUUGUGUGUUACUUCAUGCAAGUCAAAGACAGGUGCCUCCGACCUCCUUUUUUUGGAGUUUUAAUGUUGUGUAUACUUUACUAGUAGGAGUGUUUUGCGUGGCGUUUUUUUUGUUACUUGCGACGCUUAUUUCCUUUUUGUAAACGGCCGUUGCCUUUUUUAACAGUCUACCACCACUGUUAACUGAGCCUUUAGUCUGGAUAGAUGAAAUAUAUUCACUGGGUUAACUUACAACAAGGCGAAUAAUACGUCUUUGAAUAGUCUUAGAAAGAACGAUGUUGAAGCCCAAGUCGAAUUUACGUUAAAAGUUCUGGAAAGGGCUAGUGUCACCUGUUAUUGAUGUAUCAGUUAAGAGAGACAGUUUGCUUGUUUAUGUACUAAAAUAUUUCGACAUUUUGGCGAGUAUGGUAGUGUAGUGGUAAGGGAGAGAGACAAGGGUACGAAAAGUCCGGGUUAGAGGUUCGGGUUCUUAGGUACAUUUCCAUCGGUGAUCUUUCCUCCAGAUAGUGAGAGUCUCUAUGAAUAAAAGCAUGAUCCUGACAAUUUUUCUGUUCUCAUUUCAGACAUAACGGCAAUAUUUUACUUGACGGAGAAGGUCACAUCAUCCACAUUGACUUUGGAUUUAUCCUUUCUUGCUCUCCCGGCCGUAACCUUGGUUUUGAGAGCUCACCGUUCAAACUCACUCUGGAGUUUGCUGAGGUGAGUUUUGCUUGUCUUCAAAUCUAGCUUAGUUUGUUUUAUUGAUAUCUGUCAAGAAAGAAAUUAGAUGUAUACAAACAACAGCACGCUGACAGAAGAUGAAAACAGGGGAAGAGCCCCAAUGACUUUCAACCCCUACAAUGUCUCCAAGACUUUAACCCUUUAAGCCCUAAGAGUGAUAAGCGUCAAAUUUCUCCUUGUAAUAUCAAUGCUUUGUAAAACAGAGUGGUCAUGAGAAUUAUGGACAUAAUCACACAAGAUGAAUGUGCUUGAUAUUUUAUCAACUUCUCCCCACUACUUCUACAGGAAAUGAACAGGGGCAACAAAUGAGAAUUCAAAGCUUGAUCUUAGGGUUUGAAGGGUUAAGACAAAAAUACUAAAAUCGGACGUAAGAGGAUGUAUAUGAAGGAAUAAAGGUGUGCGCAGUAAGAAUGUGCUACAAGAGUAACUAUGGCGAUCGAUAAGAACUUGGCAUGGUCUUAUAGUGAGCGUGUAGAAAACUUUUAAACUUUUGAGCACUAGUACCAUGCUUAAUAGAAUGAGGGAGACUAUUCCAAAACUCAGGAGUGACAAUAUUAAAAAUUCAAGAAAAAACCUAACUAUAGUUUCUUAAGUACUGAAAAACAAUAUGUUCCUUGUAAAAAAGCACUGCUAUACAGGUUACAUUUAAUAUGGUCACACAGACAACACACGCUAGUAGUUCUUAGUACACAGACUCCAUAGUUAUCGUGGUAUCUUAACGUCAGAUUGUCUGCGUUAUCUUCCUCAUCCUUUAACCGCGGCAGUAUUAGCUCAGUUGGUAAAGCGCUUGACUGCAGAGCAGGAAGACAAUUGAACAAUACUCGAGGUCUUAAAAUAACUGGGAAAUAAAGGCGUUUCCUUUGCCCUGCAAACGGCUAGACCUUUGCAUGGUUCGGAUGAUCACAUAAAAUGGCGGUCCCGUCUCCAGUAAGAAACGUAAAAGGUAGUGUCCCCAAUUAGUACUUUCGUGCUACAUACACUGACAAUCAAAUACAAUGCAUUUUUUUUAGGUAAUGGGUGGAGUUGAUAGCGACAUGUACAAUUACUUCAAAAUAUUGAUGCUUCAAGGUUUUCUUGCCGCGCGUAAAAAUAUGGACAAAUGUCUCCAGCUGGUGGAGAUUAUGCAGACAGGUACGUGGAUGGUUGGGUUUAUCAGUCCAACACUACACAUUGUACUAUGUUGUACAGCAUCGCAAGUUAAGUGGUUAAUUUUUAUAGAGCUCAGGGAACUCCUAACUAUUAUUUCAAAACAAUAGGUUAUUGUCUCAAGAAGGUUUUAUAGAACCUGGCUCAGGGCUCCUCCUUGUUGCUAUAGGGUACCAGGAGAAUUGAAAGACGGCUCUUAUGGAAAUAAGCCUUAAUUGAUAAGUUCGAUACUUUAGAAUACAGUGUCUACUAAAUAAUUCUCAGCAGCCUUCCUUAUUCUUAUUAUGUCGGAAAGGGACUGACUCACUUAAGGAGCAGACGCUCUCUUUUACCCUAAAUACAGAAAAAACCCCGCUUAUACGGACAGUUUGUUUUGUCCUUGGGAAUAGAAGUCCUUACAGUUUCAUUAAUUUCAACCCGCUUAAUACGAACACUUUCUAUGGCUCCCUGAACGUCUGUAUUAACGUGCUUUGACUGUACACUGCGACUUUCACGUUCCCCAUAAUGCAAUUGGUAUCAGGUCGUUUCGCCCAAAGGUUGAUUCACCGGGUGGCAGUUCGCCCAGACUAAGUCGAUUCACCCUAUGUGUAUUUGUCGUUCUUUAUGCCUGAGAAAAAGGAAUAGGCAUGGGAAGACAGUGACUGCAUAUGUGAAAUCCAAGGUUAACUAGAAUAAAAUCUUGGAGAAGUAAGUUCACCAUGUUGUAGAGUGUUGUACGUCAUCGGGUGAAUCGACUUAAGUCCUAGCGAAAGCCUUCGGGCAAAUCGACUUUCGGGCAAAAAGACCGCAAUCCAUGCAAUUUGCCCUCCCCUAACAACUUUGCAUAAGUAUUAUUUUCAAUUUCUCUUGGGACUAACAAUCGUCCCUUGAGAAAAAAAUUUGUGGAAAGUUUUUGGGGGAGGACAAAUUGUAUUAUGGAGAACGUAGAAGUCGCAGAUUGUGUUGCGCCAUGCAUUACUUCUGUGUGAUUAUUUGUUUGUUUGUUAAUUUAUUCUGUUGCUUUUUCGUGCGCAGGUUCUCAGCUGCCGUGCUUUAACCGUGGUGCUUCGACUGUGCGAGCAAUGAGAGAAAGAUUCCACAUGAACUUGACGGAGGAACAGCUUGGUUCCUUCAUUGAUGAACUGGUGGAAACAAGCAUGCACUCUCUCACUACCAAACUUUACGAUGGCUUCCAAUACCUCACGAAUGGCAUCUUAUAACACAACCCAAGAUCACAAUCAAUUUAUGGAGCACGCAGUCGCUCGGCACAAUCUAGCUUUACUACGAUUUCAAUACCUUACCUCGUGCAUGGAAUCUUAUAACAGGACGUCACUGAUGACUUUGGUUAAUAGUUGAAUUACGUCCUAUUUAUGAAGUGAAUUACGCUCUCGCUCAGUAUCAAACGUCACGAAUUUUUCCAGUUAUUUAAAAACGAGGUCACAGCAGAUCUACGACGUCCCUCUUUCCUGUUGAAUUCGCCGAAGGGAUGAAUGGAAAUAGCGCGAAUUCAGUUACCAAUGAACUUGAUGAUUGAGAUGAACACCCCGUUUAUUGUGUUAAAAGAGUGGUCAGAGCUAGUCGGUAUCUAGGCUCUUCCAGGCUCUCAGAUAGUAGGAAUGGACUCGUAAGUGAAAGGCGCGCGAAAAUAUGAGUGCGUGAUCUGGGAACAGGGGGCAGUGGCGGGAAAAAGCCGCCCUACCUCUCCCCAGUUUCCUCCCGUUUUAUUUUCGUGUUCGCGCUUUCUCAACUAUCUCAGAGCCUGGAACCAGCUAGUCGCUAUCUCGCACCAACAUUCGUACCCAGGUGUUUUUAGGAGACGCCUGGUGGUGCCUGUAAGUUUUUUGUGAAAGGAAACUCACUUUGCAAAGACGUUAAAUACAGGCAAAGCGCAACCAAGUAUCUAGUGUCUGGAGAAACAUUGAAAAAUUGCUUGUAGGCGCUGUAUUCUUACAACACAAAGCGCUGAGUCGUGGAAAAAUCGACUAUGGUACAAUAGGUGAGCCCUGUCUAAAUAUAAAAGACAAAAUGAACAUUACUGUACAGUUCAUUGCCGAUUU